UUAUUCAAUUCAUUCCAUUCCCUGCAUGGGUCAAGUCUCUCUCAUCCACAAGUGUCCAGAACGAACUUGUUUCCUUCGGCCACCCUCCCCACAACUCUAAUUUUCUCUUCUUGAUUUUACGGCCGUCCUUUCUGAGUUUUUGGGUCAUGCCUCUACAAUGCUCAUAUUAAUCUAAUCUUUUUCGCCCGCUCCCCGAUACCCCUCGACACCCGCCUACACUUGGUUUCGUCUCCCCCCCUUCUUGAACCCGUGUUGCACGAGAAUGCGUCUCAACCAUUGCUUGCUGAACCACUCGAACACUUGAUCGAUGAAAACGGUGAUCGUGUUUCGGUCAUGGACAUGAUGUCGGCCAGCACUGCGGCGUUCGCUGCACCGGCAGCCACCUCCGGCUCCGACCUGCAUUCUACCACCAGCUCGACUGCCCCUACCUGGGGGGCCGCGACGUCCACCUCAUCCCUUACCUCCCUCCACGACUACUCCAACUACCCUCUCAUCCGUCAGGGCGAUCGCACGUACCUCCGAGACCCCGACAGUAUAUAUCCCUUGCCAUGCGAUCUGCCCGAACUCCAUCGUCAGACCUUGCGCUCCCUGAUGCUGAUGCGCGUCUUUGGCGGUCCCUUUUGCACUCCCUACCCGGCAGACGGGCCUCCAAAGCGCAUUCUGGAGAUUGCCUGCGGCUCGGGUCUAUGGUCCAGUCUCUGUCAUGACUACUUUGCCCGGCGCGGCCAUCGUAGUGUCUCCUUCCACGGGCUGGACUUGGUUUCCGUUGCGCCCGAUCUGCGCAAACAGGGCGUAAACUGGCAGUUCAAGCGACAUGACUUACGCAAACCCUGUUUGCCCUUUCCCGACGGGUACUUCGAUUUUGUCUUCAUCAAAGACGCGGGAAUGUGUCCUUCCAGUCCGGCCCAGCAGGCGUCUGGCUUAAGCGAGCCGUUGCGCGUUCUGAAAUCGGGCGGAAUCCUGGAAGUUUGGGACUCCGAUUGGGUGUUCCGAUCGUUGCUUCCCAAUCCUGCGCCCGCUCGCAAAUUGGCCUCGAGAGAACAGGAAAUCGCGGAUGCGACCGCGACGUACACUUUUUCGUCCGCGACUCCCUUUACGAAAGUCCAGAACAAAUUUCUGCAGGAUUACAAUUCCUGGGUCGAGAAGGCCUUUGACCGUCGCAAACUUACUGCGCUGCCGUGUGCGACCAUCGGCCUAUCAUUCAACUCCGAGAUCGACGUGCUAGAAAACAUUGACAGCCGUCGCAUUGCGAUCCCGCUGGGCGAGCUGCGGUGGGAACGAGAAGGACAAGGCAAGGGCACGCGCAAACAGCUGACCGCGGACCAGCUAUCCAUCCGACGCACGGCGCUUUUGACGGUGAUCCAAAUGAUCGAAGGCAUGGAGCCCAUGCUGAUGGAGGCCAGCGGGAAGAGUAGAGACGAAUGGGACCGAUGGUGGACCGCCAUGAUGGCAGAUGUGUUCCAGAAAGGGGGCCUUGCCAACGGAGAAUGCCUGGAAGUGAGCGCCUGGUGGGGUCGAAAGAAAUGAAAGCCAUCCAGCUAGGACAGAAUUUUGAACAUUGCUCGAAAAAAAAUCGAUUUUUUCGCGUGGACGAGGAAAAGGAAAGCAAACUGCAUAAUAAGUGCAGGGCCAGUGACCAUUGCUCAGUUCAUAUUGGUGAUACCCCAACUUUAUUUUUUUCUUUUUUCGUUUCUCUUCUUUUUGGUCUUUUCACAUGUAUAUUCUUCAUUGGUUCAUUAUUAUUUCUUGUUAUGUCAACGCUUGAUGCCCAACAGCAUAACUGGCCCUAUCUGUUUUCAUAGCGCUGUUUCAACGUGCGAUAUCGCUUUAAA